UCCUCCGGAGGAGAGAAAGCGAUCGGGCUCCGUCCCCGGUGAAGCUGCCGGUGAAGGGGAGGAAGGAUGAGGCCCCUGCUCUGCUGCCUGGGGCUGGCUGCGCUCCUGGGAUGCUGCCAGGCCUGUCCCAGCGCCUGCUCCUGCUCCACCAAGAAGAACGGGCGGCUGUUGGCCGAGUGCGCAUACAAGGAUCUGCAGGAGGUACCCGAGGGGUUGUCCUCCAACGUGACCAUCCUCACCUUGUCGGCCAACAGGAUCAGCUGGUUGGGGCAGGGCUCCUUCACUGAGGUGCCCGAAGUGCAGUCGCUGUGGUUGGGCUACAACCAGAUCGGGGUGGUGGAACCGGGGGCUUUCGCCUUGUUGGUGCACCUGAAGAACCUGGACCUGAGCCACAACAAGAUUGCGGAUUUCCCCUGGCGAGACCUCCGUAACCUCAGCGGUCUGCAGAUCCUGAAGAUGAACAACAACCGCCUGGCCGGGCUGCCCCGGGAUGCUUUCCACUCCUUGAAGGACCUGCGCUCCCUCUGGCUCAACGACAACGAGUUGACCACCUUGGCCGAGGGCACCUUUGACAACCUGCCCUCCCUGUCCCAGCUGCAGAUCUUCAACAACCCCUUCAACUGCUCCUGCAAGGUCUUCUGGCUGAAGAAGUGGACUGAGAACACCUCUGUCUCCAUCACCAAGGGAGGGUCUACCCUGUGUGUGGCUCCCGGCAGGCUGAAGGGCAGGGCGGUGACGGACAUCCCCGACCACCACUGCAUUGCCCCCUCCGUGCAGCUCACCUACCUCUCCAACCUGGACAACACCGUCAUGUACGACGGCCUCACCCUGACGCUGCACUGCAGCGUGGCGGGCAGCCCUCCGCCGGAGAUCAGGUGGAAGAUCCAGACCUCUAGCCGCCGCGUCGAGAUCAAUGGGCCCAACGUGGCGCGGGAUGGAAACGUCAAACAGAGCCAAGAGCGCUUCUUGGUCUUCAAGAACGGCACCAUGGCCAUCCCCAACUUCAGCAAGGAGGAUGAAGGCAUCUACACCUGCCUCGCUGUCAACGACGUGGGCAUGCGGGAUGUCUCAGUCAACGUGGCCUUGGCUGGAUCGGAGAAUCCAGCUGAAGACCUGCUCCGAGAUGACCCCCAAGCCAGCCACCUCGGGGGUCAGACCUGCUACAAGGGGGACGAAAUGGAUCCCUCUGGUGCCGGAGAAAAGCUGGUGAUCGUUUAUCACAUGCCAAGGGAGUCAAAGAGCAGGGCUGGAGGAGCGGUGGCCCAGGUCCAUCUGGGGACCCUCCUGCUGGCUUUGGGCAUCGCGCUCUGCCGUUAAAGGGAGGAGGAAAUGGUGCCUUGGGGGUUCCCCCUCUUUCUGUAGCAUUUAUCUUCACGUAGUGCCAUGCCUUUGCUGAGCUUCUGGGAACUGUGGAUGGUCAGGAGUCAAAAGGGGCUGAGACUCAGGCCCAGGGCUGGUAGUUCAACCGCUCCUUAGAUGGGGGUCAGGGCUGGGCUCCAUUAGUUGAGAGCUUCAAAUAAGCUCGGGUGAUGUAGAGCAGAUCCUCACUGCGCUGCCGCUUUCCAGGCAUCCAAAUCUGCCGCCUCCUGACUUCUCUCCCUCCUGAGACCAAAGUGCGGCCGCAGGAUUAAAGUCCACCCUCAACAGGGUGACCAUCACCCAUCCCCGGACCCCACCACCAUAAGCCCACUUCCACCCGCAGCAGCGAGCUGUGACCAGGGAGGGGAUCUCUCGCAAAGAGGAUCCCACGGGUCCAGCGGCACCAAAGAUGACAUCCCUGCCGUGACGAGCGCCAGGGCCCUUGGCCAGGCGCAUCCUUCCUACCACCAACCUCAUGUGAAGCACCGGGAGCAGAAGGACCAGUCUGAGAGCAGGGGAAUAGCCUGGGCACACGGUCCCGGGGCAGGUGGCUCUGGGGGACAGAGAUACGGUGGUGCUUUGUAAGCAGGAUGAGUACGGUAGGACACGUUGGAAGGGGCCACGGGCUUGGAUCAGGCCAUUUUUGUGGAGCAGAAGAAGCUUUUCCACAGGCUUCAACCCUGCAGGAGCACAAAGGGCUCCCGCUGGCUGGGUGCUGGGAGCACCCAGGCUGCCUGCACCCUCCUUGCAUGUUGCAGGAUCAGGCCCUGCCACCCUCAGUACCUCUCCCAGAUGUAAUGCAGCUGAUUUUUUUUUUUCCCCUCCUUCCCUUUCACCGCUGAAGCUUGUGGUCCAAAAUGCUUGGCUGGGCUGGACCCACCAAGCUGCCCUGCUCUGGCUCCGACCCUGGCGGGGAGGGAUUGAGCCCAAAGAGACCAAAAUAACUUCCCAGCACUCCUCUCUGAUGGGAAACCAAGCGGGGGCUGUAUGAUGGAAUGGGAGGAAGAAAGAUUGGGAAAACACAGAGAACAGAGAGAAGCUGAGCUGACCUAUAAGCCAUAAACACACUCCUUAAGUGCUUUAGCGUUCCCACGCGGGACAUAUAUACCAUACCCGGCUGCGCCAGGGUGCUGGGGGACCCCUCGUCUCAUGGCGGGGGGCUGAGCAUCUCCAUCUCCCUCACCUCAAGGCAUGGGUGGUCCGGCUCGCGUGCCUUCUGCCAGUGCUUACCUGCGGGAGCUGGACGGACCCCUGCAGCCACCCUCGCCUUAUAACCAAAGCUGUAUGAACAGCAAUAAAUAAAUACCUUUUUUUUUUAAAA